GGAAGGGAGACAGAGAAAGAAGAAAGCAAGAAGCAAGGCAAGGAGGAAGGCGGCAAGCGUGCUCUGGACCCUGUGAACACCAGCAACUUAACCUGAUCCCGAGUGUUUAGCCAAAUUUAAAUAGCGUUGUUGCCGUGUGUAUCCCUCUUGUAUAACGGAAGAGACUAAAACCAUACUUGUCGUCGCCGAACGGGCAUCUGCAGCAGAAUGAAACCGAAGUGUUGCAUUUGCUUCCUGAACUAUGACAUGGACAACUACCGUCCCAAAUGCUUACCCUGUGGCCAUACUAUUUGUCAAGAUUGUGUGUUGAAUCCUGCCUUGGAGAGAAAGUGCCCAACGUGCAAGAAGGACGUAACCUGUGACCCAAGCGACCUCCCUGAUAACUUUCUCGUGAUCCAAAUGAUGGAGGAUGAAGACUCACAAUCCUGCAAGAACUCUAGGACCGAGGACCCAGUGCUGGAGCAGCUGCAGCGGGGCGCGGACGCGGGGCGGAAGGUGGUGGAGAUGCUGCGGCUGGUGGUGCCUCAGGCGGUCGAGGUGCUGAACCGCCAGCUGGAGUCGUCGUUCGCCCAGCUCGGCCAGGUGGAGAAAGCCCUGGAGAGGCGGGUGCAGCGGGAGGCGGCCGGCGAUGUGGGCACCCCGUCGGACGCCGUGGAGGAGCCGCUGCAGCUGGCGGAGCAGCUGGAGGCCAGCCACCGCCUGCUCACCUCCACCAAGUGCACCGUCACUGCCGAGGAGGAGGGUGGCUCGUCCUGGACGGCCUCUGUGCAGCCCGGCGGGUGCGGCGACAUGCUGCGCGUCCUGCUGCUGCAGCUGCGGGCGGACGGCCAGCUGGGAGAGGUUGACGACGACGCCACCGUUCUUGCCACCCCUGCCUCAGCUUACGUGGGACCGCCGUCGUUUUCCGCCCUCUCGAUAAGUGAACACGUCUCCGGUGGUCGUUUAAACGUGAACGAAAUUCUUCAAACCGCCGAGGAGCAAUGGGACGUUCCUCGCAGCCUGCUGGACUUGCAGGGCGAGGGCGCUGACGACCUGCUACGUGUCGUUGGGGCGAACAUCGUGGAGCUGAAGAUCUCUGGUGAUGCUGAGCCGAAAGUCAUGGUUGAGGUGGAGAAAUUAUCGGCACUCAAGUAUCUGGAGGUAGCAUGCGCCGAGGGCCGCGAGUACCCGGAUCUGCCGUUGCAGCUGGAGGAGCUCGACAUAUGUAAUAUAACCGAGAAUCAGCUGCGUUGUGUCCAGCGCAUGCCCGGGCUGAGCAGCUUGCAGAUACACAGUUACCAUGGUCCGAACAUGACUCUCCCCCCCUCGCAGUAUGGCAGGCUGCUGUGGCUCGGCGUGACCUUCGAUACUGACCACAAGUCGACCAUGCUGUCACUUAUCCGCGCCAAUGCCUCCUCUCUGCGGGAACUCCAUGUUUGCUGUGCCCCCUGUGCCGAAACUGACACGGAGUAUUACUUCCCCGAUCUGGGCCAGGAGCUCGCGCCACUGGGCUUGCGAGUGCUGCGGCGCCUCGUCCUUGCACGUCCUGAGGCAUCCUGGGCCUCACACCCUUUCGCUAAAUGUGUGCUGCAGCGGCGAGCUGUUCAAAGCUUUUUCCCCAAGUCUGUUGAAGUGGUUUGCGGGUUUUGUCACACACCGGCAUUAUUCUAGCUUAAUGACCUUAAUAGGUCUUGUUCCUUGCAUACUGAAAUGAUAUCCUGUACUAACUGGAAGAUAUGUUAAGCACCCACCUCCAUAAGGAGAAUUUUUUAAAAACUGUUUUAGAAUUGUCACUAUGCCAUUGUAAGCCCUCAGCACAUUAUUGAAGUCCAAUCUUCUAAAAAUAAAUUUUUAAAAGGUUGAA